CCGACUCCAUCAAAGGAAUCCUACGUGUUCACUUCGGCGGGUCGCUGCAAUCGGCCCCCAAUCCACCACUCUUGCGGGGAGCUUGCCAUUCUGUGAGCAUGAAUUAGAUUGGACACUGCUCUUCCCUCCCAACUUGACCACCACCUCUCCCGACUCCUCCGACCCCUCCCCCUCCGAACGAUGCCCGAGCCCACCAAGAUCAGUAUUCUGGGCCAGGAGAGCAUCGUCGCUGAUUUUGGCCUCUGGCGCAACUAUGUCGCCAAGGACCUGAUCAGUGGCAUGCCCUCCACCACCUACGUGCUCAUCACUGACACGAAUAUCGGUUCCCUCUACACCCCGAGCUUCCAGAACUCCUUCGACGAGGCCGCCGCUACCGUUUCCCCCAAGCCCCGCCUGCUCGUCUACAAUGCCGCCCCCGGUGAGGUCUCCAAGUCCCGCCAGACCAAGGCCGACAUUGAGGAUUGGAUGCUGAGCCAGAGCCCCCCCUGUGGUCGCGACACCGUGAUCGUCGCCCUGGGUGGUGGUGUCAUUGGCGAUCUGACCGGAUUCGUCGCCUCGACUUACAUGCGUGGCGUCCGCUACGUCCAGGUCCCCACGACCCUUCUCGCCAUGGUGGACUCCUCGAUCGGUGGAAAGACGGCCAUCGAUACCCCCCUGGGCAAGAACUUGAUCGGCACCAUCUGGCAGCCGUCGAGGAUCUUCAUCGACCUGGAGUUCCUCGAGACCCUUCCCGUCCGGGAGUUCAUCAACGGCAUGGCCGAGGUGAUCAAGACUGCCGCCAUCUCGAGCGAGGAGGAAUUCGCGGCGCUGGAGGACAACGCCGAGACGAUCCUGGCUGCCGUUCGCCGCAAGGUCGAGCCCGGCCAGCACCGCUUCGAAGGAAUCGAGGACAUCCUGAAGGCCAGAAUUCUGGCCUCGGCCCGACACAAGGCGUUCGUCGUCUCCGCGGACGAGCGCGAGGGUGGUCUCCGCAAUUUGUUGAACUGGGGACACUCCAUCGGGCACGCCAUUGAGGCCAUUCUGACCCCGCAGGUCCUCCACGGAGAGUGCGUGGCCAUUGGUAUGGUCAAGGAGGCCGAAUUGGCCCGUCACCUGGGUGUCUUGAAGGGUGUCGCUGUGGCCCGCAUCGUCAAGUGCAUUUCCGCCUAUGGCCUCCCCACCACCAUGAAGGAUUCCCGCAUUCGCAAGCUCACCGCGGGCAAGCACUGCUCCGUUGACCAGCUGCUCUUCAACAUGGCGCUGGACAAGAAGAACGAUGGCCCCAAGAAGAAGAUCGUCCUGCUGUCGGCGAUUGGCCGCACCCACGAGCCCCGCGCCAGUGUCGUCCCGAACGAGGAUAUCAGUGUCGUUCUUGCUCCCAGCAUCGAGGUGCACCCCGGUGUCGCACCCGCGUCGACGGUGGUCUGCACUCCCCCGGGCUCCAAGAGUAUCUCGAACCGUGCUCUGGUCCUGGCCGCGUUGGGUUCGGGCACUUGCCGCAUCAAGAACCUGCUGCACUCCGAUGACACGGAGGUCAUGCUGAACGCUCUGGAGCGUCUGGGUGCCUGCACCUUCUCUUGGGAAGAGGAGGGUGAGGUGCUGGUCGUCAACGGCAAGGGAGGCGACCUUCAAGCCACCUCCACCCCUCUAUACCUGGGUAACGCCGGUACGGCCUCGAGAUUCCUCACCACGGUCGCGACCCUCGCCACUUCCACCAGCGUGGACUCGAACGUCCUGACGGGCAACAACCGUAUGAAGCAGAGACCUAUCGGCGACUUGGUCGAUGCCCUGACGGCGAACGGUGCUUCGGUCGAGUACAUGGAGAACAAGGGCAGUCUGCCCCUGAAGAUUGCCGCCUCCGGCGGAUUUGCGGGUGGCCAGAUCAACCUUGCGGCCAAGGUGUCGUCCCAGUAUGUGUCCUCGCUGCUCAUGUGCGCCCCCUACGCCAAGGAGCCGGUCACUCUGAAGCUUGUGGGCGGAAAACCCAUCUCCCAGCCGUACAUUGAUAUGACGACGGCGAUGAUGAGAUCCUUCGGCAUUGACGUGAAGAAGUCGACCACCGAGGAGCACACCUAUCACAUCCCCCAGGGUCGCUAUGUCAACCCGGCUGAAUACGUUGUGGAGAGCGAUGCCAGCUCGGCCACCUACCCUCUGGCCAUUGCGGCGAUCACGGGCACCACCUGCACCGUGCCCAACAUCGGCUCGAAGUCUCUCCAGGGUGACGCGCGCUUUGCCGUCGAGGUCCUGCGUCCCAUGGGCUGCACCGUUGAGCAGACGGAUAGCUCCACCACCGUGACCGGUGCCCCGGGAGGUGUCCUGCGGCCUCUGACCAACGUCGACAUGGAGCCCAUGACUGACGCCUUCCUUACCGCCUCUGUGCUUGCGGCUGUCGCGCGCGGAGAGGGCUCGAACCACACGACUCGCAUCUACGGAAUUGCCAACCAGCGUGUGAAGGAAUGCAACCGGAUCAAGGCCAUGAAGGACGAGCUCGCCAAGUUCGGCGUCAUCUGCCGCGAGCACGAUGACGGCAUCGAGAUCGACGGCAUCGACCGCACGACUCUCCGUCAGCCCGCGGGUGGUGUUUACUGCUAUGAUGACCACCGUGUGGCGUUCAGUUUCAGUGUUCUGUCUCUCGUCACCCCUCAGUCGACUUUGAUCCUGGAGAGGGAGUGUGUGGGCAAGACCUGGCCCGGCUGGUGGGACAGCCUGAAGCAGCUAUUCUCCGUGAAGCUGGAGGGCCGCGAGCUGAAGGAGGAAGAGCUUUCUUCGCUCACUCAGGCUGAGAAGGCCAGCGCUUCCGUCUUCCUCAUCGGCAUGCGUGGUGCCGGAAAGACCACCAGUGGACACUGGGUCGCAAAGGUUCUGAACCGGCCCUUCAUUGACCUGGACACCGAGCUGGAAAGCACAGAAGGGAUGUCGAUUCCGGAUAUCAUCAAGCAUAAGGGAUGGCAAGGGUUCCGGGAUGCCGAGCUCAACAUCCUGAAGAGCACGCUCAAGGAGCGCGCAACUGGUCAUGUCUUCGCCUGCGGUGGCGGCAUUGUGGAAAUCCCCGAGGCCAGAAAACUACUGACGGAUUACCACAAGACCAAGGGCAAUGUUAUUCUCAUCAUGCGGGACAUCAAGAAGGUGAUGGACUUCCUGUGCUUGGACAAGACUCGUCCGGCCUACGUUGAGGACAUGAUGGGCGUGUGGUUGCGCCGCAAGCCGUGGUUCCAGGAGUGCAGCAACAUCCAGUACUACAGCCAGACUGCCGCCUCCGGCGGCCUUGCACGCGCUUCCGAGGACUUCAAGCGCUUCCUCCACACAGUUACCGGAGAAUCGGAUAGUCUGAGCGUUAUCAAGCGCAAGGAGCACUCCUUCUUUGUGUCCCUGACCCUACCCGACCUGCGGGUGGCCCGCGAUAUCCUGAAGAAGGUCUGCGUCGGUUCUGAUGCGGUUGAGCUGCGCGUGGAUCUUCUGGAAGACCCGUCCACGGACGGCGUGAUUCCCUCGGUCGACUACGUCGCGGAGCAGGUGUCUUUCCUCCGUAGCCACAUCGCCCUCCCCGUCAUUUUCACCAUCCGCACGAAGAGCCAGGGUGGCCGCUUCCCCGACGACGCGCACGACGAAGCGAUGGAGCUCUACCGUCUUGCAUUCCGGUCCGGUCUGGAGUUUGUGGACCUCGAGAUCGCUUUCCCCGACGAGCUGCUGCGCAAGGUCUCGGAGAACAAGGGCUACUCCCGUAUCAUCGCCUCCCACCACGACCCCAAGGGCGAGCUUUCCUGGGCUAACAUGUCCUGGACCAAGUACUACAACCGGGCGCUUGAGUACGGGGACGUGAUCAAGCUGGUUGGUGUUGCCAAGAGCCUUGACGACAACAACUCCCUGCGCAGCUUCAAGAACUGGGCGGCCGAGGCGCAUGACGUGCCUUUGAUCGCCAUCAACAUGGGCGACAACGGCCAGCUCAGCCGCAUCCUGAACGGCUUCAUGACCCCCGUUUCCCACCCGGCCCUCCCGUUCAAGGCCGCUCCCGGCCAGCUCUCCACGGCGGAGAUCCUCCGGGGCCUGGCCCUGAUGGGCGAGCUGCGGCCCAAGCAGUUUGCGCUGUUCGGCACUCCCAUCUCCCAGUCGCGGUCGCCCGCCCUCCACAACACCCUGUUCGCCCAGACGGGCCUUCCUCACCACUACGACCGCCUGGAGACGGCCAAUGCCGAAGACGUGCGGGACUUCAUCCGCUCGCCUGACUUCGGCGGUGCCUCGGUCACGAUCCCCCUGAAGCUGGACAUCAUGCCGCUACUGGACGAGGUCGCGCCUGACGCGGAGAUCAUCGGAGCCGUGAACACGAUCGUCCCGACCUGCGCCGGGAAGGGCCAGCCCACGCGGCUGGUUGGCUACAACACCGACUGGCAGGGCAUGACGCUGUCGCUGCGCAACGCGGGCGUGUACGGAAACAGUGGCAACGCCAGCGCGGUGGUGGUGGGCGGUGGCGGCACGGCUCGCGCCGCCAUCUACGCGCUCCACAACAUGGGCUUCUCGCCGAUCUACAUCAUCGGACGGUCCCCCGCGAAGUUGGAGAGCAUGAUCUCGACCUUCCCCACCAGCUACAACAUCCGCAUCGUGGAGUCGAUCGACAGCCUGGACACAGUGCCCAAGGUGGCCAUCGGCACCAUUCCGGCGGACCAGCCCAUCGACCCGGGCAUGCGCGAGACUCUGUGCAACAUGUUCGCGCGCGCCGAGGAGGCCGACGCCGACCUGGUCAAGUCCGUGGAGAAGUCGCCCCGCGUGCUCGUCGAGAUGGCGUACAAGCCGUCCGUGACGACCCUGAUGCAGCUGGCCAAUGACGCGGGCUGGCACACCGUGCCUGGUCUGGAGGUUCUGGUCGGCCAGGGAUGGUACCAGUUCGAACGCUGGACCGGCAUCUCGCCUCUCUACGAAGACGCACGGGUAUUUUAUCCCCCCUCCCUCAUCUUAGUCGGAAAUCGGACCCAGAACCCGUGACUAACACUCCUAUAGGAAGCCGUAAUUGGAUCGACCGACUCCGCCUAAUUUCUUUUGGGGUAGGAUGAUGGAUGGAUGGGGAUAGAUACGAUGGAGCAGCUAAAAUCUUUCGGCUGAUGUUACAAGCCAGUAUGAGACUAGGUCGGCCUGAUCAACUCGGGUUGUAGUAGAUGAUUUUUUUUUUCAAUUCACCCUUAGGUCUGGUAGAGAGUAGUGUGUCGAGUGGGUAGAGCUAGUGUAAGCCUUGUUGCGGUUGUGGUCGUGGUGGUCGUCACAUCUUCCUGAUAGUUAAUAUCCAUCAAUCCAGAGACAGUCAC